AUGGAUGUACCUCGACUAUUCAAAGCAGCUACACCGGAUCUAGUAGCCCGAAAGGUUUUUCGUAUCAAGACAGUCAGGCGGGAUGAUGAUGGAACUCCCAAACAAAAAACCACCGAGCCUCCAAUUGAACUAACAGUGUGCUCAUCAGCAAUAAAGAAUCCAUCAUCGAAUGCAGCACCGACGUCUUCUGCUGAAGCAGAAAAGAAUCAUUCGAUAAAUUCGUCUAUCGACACGUCAUCAACGGACACUGGAACCACUUCAAGAAUGGAAAACGGUGGGACUUCAUCCAAAGUUCCUGUAUUAGCAGUAGGAACAUAUCAUCGGAAAGAGGCGGCUCCAAUUUUAGCGGCUGCUGCUAGACUCGAUUUAGCUGCAACUUCUGCUGGAUCAACCCCGUCAUCACAACCAGCAACAUUAACCAAGGAUAAGAAUAAAGAGCCCGCACCACCACUACCGCAUCCAUCAGAGUGCGGGCAACCGUGCGUUUCGGAACAAUCACAAAUGUUCCAGCACAGGACCACGAAUGCACAGGGCCCUCCGCCGAAUCGGCCUAUGCCAAGGCCUCCAGCAGGAGUGCCAAUGAUGAUGACAUCGUCAUCACAUGAGCAUGAUUACACGAAUGAUUAUGAAGAUCCAGAGGAAAUGGCUAGAAGCCGAGGAGAUGGCUUCACCAAUCACUUGCUCAUUAAAACGACACCACCACCUCAAUCAGUGAACUUCAACUCGUAUGAAAUGUCGAUGUCACAACAGCGUCGUUCGCAGCAGCAACAGCAACAACCGAUGGCUCCCCCGCUUUCAGAUUGUUGGGGAAGUGGAGCACACGAUGGAGGUGUUCUACACAAAAAUGCUGAUGGUGCAUACUAUAUUCCUAGCGGAUCAUUGCGAACUACAUCAUCAACACUCUCACCAGCAUCCGGACAACGUUAUUUGGACCAACCACAUACUUCUGGUGCACCGAACACAACAUAUUCGGAUGCGUCGACGACAUUAUUGAAAUAUCCACCUCCCGUAGGAACUCAUCAAAACAGAAGAAGACAACAAGUCGGCACUAUGAACAAUGGUGAUUCGGCAAUUGGUGGACCAGUGAUGACAUCGACAAAAAAGAAGAAAAAGUUUGAAGAUGAGGGAAACACGUGCUCCAGAUGGCCAUCGAAAUGGAAUAUCCUAUUAGCAACCGCUCUUCUUCUUGCUCUUUUAGUAAUUUGUAUAUUAUUUUUCCGUGCUCCAAAUUACGUGUACACUCAACCAGCUCCUUCAUCCGAUUCUAUGUCAUCAGCUUCCGCUGCAGCUGCUAGUCACUAUCAAGAAUUAGGUCUUCGGGCUCUGCCUCCUGCCAUCAGUCUUGGAGAGCGAGUCGAUGUUGAGUUUUAUCCGAAGUCUAUGGCAACAACUGAACUGACCAUCACGAAACCGUCCCGUAUUCGAUUCAAUGCUACUGUCGGAUCUGGUGCUCAACUCGUACUUCUAAUGAGUGCUGGCGUUCACCCUAGUCUCAGUCUUCACGAUGCACUUUUUCCAAUUCGUUCUGAUAGAAUUCGUGAUCCGAAAGGACCAACUCAUAUUGUUGAAGAGUUUGGAACUCGCAGUCGUCGGAGUAUUGGGUCAUCUCGACACCGCAAUAUUGAAAUUCUCGCUCCACGAAGUGCCACAUUCGAACAGUUUUUACUUGAGGGAAGACACUAUCUCACGUUCAUCAAUGAACGAAGUCGAGUCGAACCGAUUUCAUUUGUUGCUGAAGAGCUUUCACGUCCAACUACUGCUCCAAAGACAUCUUCUGGGACCUCCGGAACAAAGGAACACCCAUUAGCUUCUGUACUUGUAUGCGAAGCGAACUGCAAUCAACGUGGAGAAUGCGUCAACGGAAAAUGUCGUUGUGCACCUGGAUUCACUGGGCGAACAUGUGAUGAAGCAGUUUGUCCAGUAGUUUGCAGUGGCAAUGGAGUGUUCUCAGGAGGUGUUUGUGUAUGUAAAUCAGGAUUCAAAGGAAAGGAAUGCGAAAUACGACAUAAUUGGUGUGAAGUGGCAGAUUGUAAUGGAAGAGGUCGAUGUGAUACGGAAGGGAAAUGUCGUUGCAAUCCUGGAUGGACAGGUGAAGCAUGUGAACUCAAAGCCUGUCCUCACGCUACGUGUCAUGAUAGAGGUGUAUGUGUAAAUGGGACAUGUUACUGUAUGGAAGGAUGGAGAGGAAAUGAUUGUUCAGUUUUUGCCGAUGCAGUUGUUCAUGCUCCAUUAGCUCAAUCACCACCGAGAAAAGCUCAAGAACCGACUGAUUCCUCUAGAGGUAGAAAGAAUCCAACUAAGCCAACUACAUCUUCGGAGAAGAAAAAGGAGAGUAGAGAACUCCAGAAGCCAACAGUCGUUCCAGCUCAAGUUCCAUCAGAGAAACAUCAACCUUGCUCUGCUCACGGUCAACUCGUUGAUGAUAUUUGUCAGUGCGAAUCCGGAUGGACUUCAGUUGAUUGCUCUCAAAGGUCAUGCCAGUGUAUCAAUGGAGACUGUCUUGAUGAUGGAGUAUGUCAAUGCUGGAAAGGAUGGAGGGGCGCAAAUUGUACAGAUAAAAAAUGUGCAAUUGGAUGUGAAGACCAUGGAAAAUGUUCAUCUGAUGGAAAAUGUAAAUGUUCAGCUGGCUGGAAUGGAGAUAGUUGUUAUUUAGAUGGUUGUCCUAAUCAAUGUUCUGGAAAAGGAGAAUGUGUGAUGGACCGACGAUCAUCAGAAUGGUCUUGUCGUUGUCAAGCUGGGUCUACUGGAAUAGAUUGUUCUGUUCCGGUUGAAAUGCAUUGUGACGAUGGACUUGAUAAUGAUUCUGAUGGACUUAUUGACUGCGAUGACCCAGAAUGUUGUUCAUCUCCUUCGUGCUCUUCUGAAUCUGUUUGUUCCACUGCUGUCUCGCCAACUGAAGUUUUGAUGCGGAUGCCACCAAUAUUCAACGCGAAUUUUGCUAAAAGAGUUGGUUUCUUAAUUAUGGAAAAAUCAGUCCAAAGUUACACGGAUUCUUCUCAAUUCAACGAAUCAUUGAUUUCUGUGAUCCGAGGGCGGGUCAUGUGGGGAGGACAGUCUGGAAACACGGAAGACUUAUCAACAUAUUACAACAAAUCAACUGUGCCACUAGUCGGCGUCCGCGCAUCUGAUUCUGCUCAUCCACUAUACGGUUUCACUUUGACUCGAGAAGAUGGAUAUUUUGACCUCACAGUCAACGGAGCUCGCAGUGUAACACUUCAAUUCCUUCGAACGCAAUUCCAAUCAGUGAAGAAGAGUGUUUAUGUACCUCCACGUCAAAUCAUUCAUAUUGAUGAUAUUAUUCUUUAUCGCCAAUCUGGAUCCUCUUCUCCGAUAGUUUCAAUGCCACCAGCACGUGCAAAGUGUUCACCAACGACGAGAAGACUUCCAGAAGUUGUAUUGAUCUCAAAUUGGCAGUAUACGUCAGACGGUGUUGAAUAUGACGAAACAACCGACUCAUCUCGUCUCGUCGUUGAUUCGAGAUCAAUUGUUGAAUCACUUCCAAUUCAGGGAACAGAUAUCCGAUUGAUUUAUGACUCAGUCAGAUCGCCAGCUGCUCCGUCGACGAUGUUGAUUGGACUUCUUGAUGACAGAAUUGAUAAGGAACUUCGGAAAAUUCACAUUAACAUCCGUAUUUCUGGAAGAAGAUUCGAUCAUACAUUAGCACCUCGUGUCAAUCUUACCUAUGUUUUUGCAUGGGACAAAAUGAAUGCAUAUCGUCAAAGUGAGUCAGGAUUGGUACCAGUGACAGUUCAAGUUGGAUAUGAAUACCAAGGAUGUGAUCGUGCCAGCGAGAGAGUAUGGCAGACCAGGAAAUCUCAAAUGAUGGGAGCAACAGCAAGAAAAAUGAUUGGUUCAAUGUGGACAAUAGAUUCUCAUCAUCAUUUGGACAUCGUAAAUAAUAUCGUUGAAAUGGGUAAUGGUGGACAUCGACUGAUCAGUGAAAGUGAACCACGUGUCAGUACUUUGGCUGGAAUCGAUGGAAUCAAACGUGAUGUGGAAUGUUCGAAAUGCGAUGGACGGGUUGAAUCGAUUAGUUUAUUCCGUCCAACUACUGUAGUCUACGGACAAGAUGGAAGCCUCAUUAUCGGAGAUCAUAAUCUUAUUCGAAGAGUUGCUCCAGACGGUCAAGUCACUACAAUUCUCACAUUGGGAUUGGCUGACACUUCCCAUUCAUACUAUAUUGCUGUUUCACCAGUCGAUGGAACUAUUGCUAUCUCGUUACCACUUCAUAAACAAGUAUGGCGAGUAUCAAAUGUAGAACCACAAGAUUCUCGAAACAAUUACGAUGUGCUGGCUGGAGAUGGAACUGUUUGUGCAUCAGCUGUCGAUUCAUGUGGCGACGGAGGCCUUGCCCAAAAUGCUCAACUCAUUUUUCCAAAGGGAAUCGCUUUCGACAAAAUAGGAAACCUUUAUUUAGCCGAUAGUCGCCGUAUUCGUGUUAUUGAUACAACUGGACAUAUUCGAUCAAUUGGAGAGACAACUCCUGAUCAACAUCCAAUUAGGAAAUGUGCUCAAAUAACGAAACUUGUUGAUCUGCAAAUGGAAUGGCCGACUUCUCUUACAAUCGAUCCGAUAACUGAUUCGGUUUUCGUUCUUGAUACAAAUGUUGUUUUUGAAAUUGACGUGAAACACGAUGUUGUUACAAUUGCACUUGGAUCUCCAACAACAUGUGAUCUUGCUAAUGCCACAUCACUCGCUGCAGCCAGUUCAACUGCAUCAUUUACUCUUGAUCAUAGACGUCAUUUAAUUCAAAAUGCGAGAGAUAUCUCCGUUGGAGUGGACGGUGCUAUUUAUGUUGUGGAAUCCGAUGGUAGAAGACUCAAUCAAGUCCGAAAACUGAGUUCUGAUCGAUCAACAUUUUCCAUUCUCACCGGCGGUAAAAGUCCAUGUUCCUGUGAUGUUGUAGCUUGUGGAUGUGACGAUUCAGUUUCACUUCGUGAAGUAGCUGCAUCUCAGGCUCAUUUGAACUCUCCUUACGCAGUUUGUGUCUCACCAUUUGGUGACGUCAUCAUUGCUGAUUCUGGAAAUUCAAAAAUCAAAAAAGUAUCAUCACGUCUGGCACAGUACGACGGCCGAACUCGAACCUACGAAGUUUCGGAUGUGGAACGUCAAGAGAAAUAUACUUUCAACCGUCAUGGACAGCAUACAUCUACCGUAUCUCUAAUCACUGGACGUACUGUUUUUAACUUCAGCUAUCAAGUGGAUUCUCCAACUGCUAUGCUAUCUGAAAUCCGAGAUAAUUCUGGAGUUGUUCUGAAAGUAAUCAAACGGAAUGAUUCGAUUUUUGACUUGGAGACAACACUUGGAGAACGAACAACUCUGACAAUGUCAACCUACGACGGAACACUCGAACAAGUUUCGAAAAGAGAUUCUGCUACGUCCAGAGAUGCAACUAAGCUUGCUUAUGUCAAAGGACUGCUUUCGUCGAGAAUCGACGUGGCAACUGCAGUUGGAUUUGAGUAUGAUAAAUAUGGGAGAGCUGUUGGACUGAAAAGAGAUAGAGAACAUUGGAAACUUGGAGAAGAGAUUAUAUCGAUGGGACGAGUGACGACUGAAGUUCUUCUCAAUGGCCAUCGCUUCCAACAAGUUCGACUUGGCGAUGGUGAUUUGGCUGUUCAUGGAUCAAAUGGUGCUUCAACUCUUAUCAGUCUUCUUCGCAAUGAAGGAUUUUCAUUGACAUCUCCACUCGGAACUUCUUCACUUUUCGUGAAAAGUGCGACUCUUCCAGAAGGUGGCGGUGAGCCACUGAUUUCUCGUCGAAGAACAACUGUUCCUGCAAUUGGAAAUCCACAACGAAGAGCAUUAACCACUCAGUGGGAUUGGAAACAUGUGGCACGACGUGGCGAGGAUUCGGACAACAGUUCUGGAAGGAGACGAGUGGCGGAGGUCCGGUUCACUCCGAGGAUUAACGGUGUUAACAUGUUCUCCAUGGAAUAUGACGUUAAAUCCAAUCGUGAUACACUUCACCUUGCUCCAACAACCGAGUAUGCUCAACCUCUUUUGUUCAUUGAUUACACUUCAUCUGGACGUAUCAAACGAAUUUCUGCACCAGAAGAUUCUCAAAUGGCUGAGAUGAACGUUACCUGGGACAGCACUGGAAGAAAAUCGGAAGUUGCCUGGGGAUCGUGGAAGAUUCGUCUCACUUAUGAUAACUCCAAUCGGCUGACGGAGCAUGCGAUUGACGGAGCACGUGUUCCCAUCAAAAUGAGUUAUGCAGGAGCAUCCCGAAGACCGAAUGAAAUCCAACAUGAAGGAUCAAAGUGGACAAUUCAGUAUGAUAAUUAUGACCGUGUUAAAGAAGUUUUGAGUAAAUCACAAGAAAGUACAUCGUUCUCAGCCAUUGCCCUAGGUGGAGAUGAAUGGGUUCUGAAAAGAAGAACUUCGUUGAAUUCGAAACCUUCUCUUGUCAGAAUUGAUCGAAACGGGAAGAUUUUGGAAGCAACGACUCCAGACGAGAUGCAUUAUUGGCUUGCAAGAAAAGAUCCAACUACUGGAAGAACGACAGAAAUUUUGAAUGACGAAGACACCAUCGUGAUGACGUGUUGGUCUCCAGAAGGACAACCAAUGUGCUCAAGAAGUCGAGAUUUCCACGAAAAUGCAACUAUGCAAGGUCAUCUAGUAGCUAGAAGAACUGUCACAAUCAUGACUCCGACUGCAUCCGAAUCUUCUACCACAUCAUCAUUCACUUAUGAAUAUGACGAUUUGCUCCGUGUCACAACCAUUCAACCAGUUAUUGAGCAAUCAGUUCUUGAAUCGAUUCAAUUGACAUACGAUGAUCGUCGAGGGCACGUUGCAUCUGUUAACGGAUUGACAUGGGCUCGUGACACAACAACAUCAAGAUGUCAAGGUCAUGGAUUGAUGUAUGAAACAUCAAAGGCCAAUGAGAACCGCCAAGUUGUUGAAAGGAAACUCAUAUUCGGAGGUGCUCGUGCUUCUCUAAAAAUCCAAAGAGACAAAGCUGGAAGAGCUGUAGAAUCAUUACUGGAAAUUAUGUCAUCUGGAGUUCAAAGGAAUCAAAAAAUAGUUAGGACAUUUGAUGCCGCUGGACGAGUUGCGAGUGUGGAACAAACUGACCAGGAGCCAACCCGAAUUCAAUAUAAUUCCGAUGAACGUGUGGAAAAAAUCAACGAUCGAGUAGUCGAAUGGAAUCGUGGAGGAGCACUGAAAUUGUUUCAAGAUAUUCCAUACCACGUGGAUUCAAUUGGAUGGGUUUCACGUCGUGGAAAUGACACAACUUUUGGAUAUGAUGGUAGAGGAAGAUUGAUUUCCGCCACUAUGAACAGUCCUACUCGAUUGGAAGUCAGAAUUGUCUACGAUAAAGAAGAUCGUGUAGUUCGAAUUCAAAACGGAAAAGAUUCAAUUCAUUUCUAUUAUGGAUAUGUAGAUCACCCCAAUCUUGUAUCACAUUUCUCGAGAAAUGGAAAAAUCUCGACACUAUUCUACGAUGACGAUUCGAUUCCAUUCGUUAUUCAAACUGAUGAUGGAACUCGUUAUGCUCUUCUGACAGAUGAAACAUUGACAGUUCGUGCAAUCAUUGGAGAUUCUAAUGUUGUAAAAAUCAUUGAUCGAUCUGUGUUUGGAGCUUCACUGUCUUCUUCUUCAUCUCAAGUUUUCGUUCCAAUUGGAUAUCUCGGAGGAAUCGAAAUUCCCGAAAUUUCGGUGACAAUUUUGAACAACGGACGCCCGUUAGAUUUGAACAGUGGGCGAUACAUGUCAAUUUCACCAGAAGCUACUGUUCGUCUUGAAUUGAACGACCAAUUUUCCAAUUCUAUUGAUUUAAUGGCUUUGGAGUCAAAUCGUCAUCCAUUUAGAGUUGAAAAUAUUCCAGAAGAUUUCGCAUCGUGGUUCUCACUCGCGGGAGUUUCAAAGAAUCUUCUCCCAUCUGCCCAUCUUGGACUCCCAGUGUCUUCUCCAAUUGUCCAUCGACUUCUUUCAUCGUUCCCUCGGAAGCUCCGCCCACUCACUCAUCUGACUACAACAAUUCCAUCACACCUCGCUUCUGACGUCUCCCUGAUUUCAACUGUUUCUGAAACUUCUUGGUCAAUCGAUGAUGUUGGAUUUUCGAAUCUCUUGAUUCUAAACGAAGACGUUAGAACUGGAGAUAUUUCUGUAGAAACAUUGCCAGAUUUAAAAGCAGAAGAACGUGAAGUGAUCAACAAAUUGUUCGAUGGGGUUAAAUCUUUGGAUUUCGCUACUUGGGGCUUGGUUCCAACACGUCAUCUUUGGAGAUCUCCGAAUUCCAAACUAGAGCUCAGCUCGGCAUCUUUCCCACAUUUCACAAUGGCUGUAAACAAAGAAAGUGUAGAGUUGAGGAACGGAAAGUCCAAGAUUGUUGUGCACUUCGCCGAUAAUAAGGAACACAUUUUGAAGCGGAUAACAGACGAAUUGAAGACACGCGAAAAGAUAGCAGUUUGGCGAGCUGAACGGAAAAGAUCCGAAGCUGGAGAGAAGACGUGGCGACAGUGGAGUGAUCGAGAAUCAAGAGAGCUCAUUUCAAAAGGAUCAGUUUCUGGAUAUGAUAUCGAAAUGAAGCCUGCUCAUCGUUCAGCUCUUCUAUCCAGUGUUCACUCAUGGAAGUUUCAAAAAUCUGCAUAA